CCCCGGCAGCGCCCCAGCAGCGCCCUGCACACCGCCCGGCCCCGCCGCCAGGAGGUACCGCUCACCUGCGAGCGCUACGGGCUGCGGCGGCUGCCCUUCGCCCGCCUCGGCAGCGGCGAUGCGGCUUUCUUUGAGAGCCUCAUGCCGGGCAGGGCGUGCUCGAACCCCGAGGAGCUGAAAUCCUUUAAUGUGGACUGGCUGAAAUCAGUCCGAGGCUGCAGCGAGCUGUUGUUGAAGCCAAAGACAGCAGCAGAGGUAUCUCAAGUUCUCAGGUACUGCCAUGAGAGGAACCUGGCAGUGAGUCCCCAAGGGGGUAACACAGGCCUUGUUGGGGGCAGUGUUCCUGUCUUCGAUGAGAUCAUUCUCUCCACUGCCCUGAUGAACCAGAUCAUCAGCUUUGACCCGGUGUCUGGAAUCCUGGUGUGCCAAGCUGGCUGCAUCCUAGAGAAACUCAAUGAGUACUUGGAGGAGCGGGGCUUUAUCAUGCCCCUUGACUUGGGAGCCAAAGGUAGCUGUCACAUCGGUGGUAAUGUGGCCACAAAUGCUGGAGGCCUGCGGCUGCUGAGAUAUGGCUCUCUGCGAGGGACUGUGUUAGGGCUGGAAGUGGUGCUGGCAGAUGGCACAGUUCUGGACUGUUUGGCAUCUCUGCGCAAGGAUAACACUGGCUACGAUUUGAAGCAGCUUUUCAUUGGAUCUGAGGGGACUUUAGGAGUCAUCACAGCUGUCUCUAUACUCUGUCCCCAGAAACCUAAAGCUGUAAAUCUGGCAUUCUUAGGAUGUCAGGAUUUCUCUCGGGUUCAGGAAACGUUUACAACCUGCAGAGCCAUGCUGGGAGAGAUCUUGUCUGCCUUUGAGUUCAUGGAUGAGAAGUGCAUGGAAUUGGUUGAGAAACAUCUUGGGCUCUCCAACCCAGUGAGAGGCAGCCCUUUUUAUGUUUUAAUUGAAACUUCGGGCUCCAACUCGAGCCACGAUGAAGAAAAAUUGAACAGCUUCCUGGAACAGGCCAUGACUUCUGGUUUAGUCACUGAUGGAACUGUGGCAGUGGAUGAUAAGAAAAUAAAGGCACUGUGGAGCCUGCGGGAGAGGAUCACAGAGGCACUCACUCGUGAUGGCUGUGUUUACAAGUAUGACAUCUCCCUCCCUGUGGGAAAACUGUAUGAUCUCGUGACUGACACGAGAGCUCGUCUGGGCCAGAGUGCCAAAAACGUGGUGGGCUAUGGCCACUUGGGAGAUGGAAACUUGCACUUGAACAUCACGGCAGAGUCCUACAGCCAUUCCCUUCUGGAUGCCAUCGAGCCAUUUGUGUAUGAGUGGACUGCAAGAUACAAUGGCAGCAUCAGUGCAGAGCACGGGCUGGGCUUCAAGAAAAAGCAGUUCAUUCAGUACAGCAAACCCAAUGAGGCAAUCUUUCUAAUGCAGCGUUUCAAAGCCAUGUUGGACCCCAAAGGAAUCCUCAAUCCAUACAAGACACUGCCCCCCAGCCCCUCAGCAGAUACCAUCGCGUGAGGACGGCAUCUCUGCUCAGUACCCACAUGCUCCAUCAGUUUGUGGUUGAGGUACAAGCACAGGAAAUGUUCCCUGGCUUACUUCCUUAGCGUGAUGGAAGAAGUGAAGGAAUGUGCUUCCUCUUUUCCAGAGUGUCUGCUCUUUCUGAAGAAGAGCACGUUAUUGAUUUUGGCAGUAUGGCUUUUCUGUUUAAUCUAAACCUUGACACCAAGCAUACAAAUAUAUAUAUAUAUAUAUUUAAAUCUUACCCACUUGCUCUACUGUGAGUGUGAUAUCUGGAGUUGGUUUCCACCUUAGUCUAGGUAGUGGAAUGCUUGAAGAUUCCUCACAUCUCUCAAGAUCUGGUGAUCACCUUUUUUCUUUCCUCUCUGUACCAUUUGUUGCAUACAUUCUGCAAUCAGACGGUGAGGGAAACAGGGAGCAGCAAAGUUUCAGAAGCAAGGGAACUUUUGGGGAUUAUUGCCUUUAUCUGAAAUUACCUGCAGGAUUAUAAGGAUAGAGUCCUUGCUUAUAAAAACAGAGCUACUUAACACUUGCUCACUCAGGCAUUUGGGUGAGGUUGGUAAGGUGGUUUCAAGGCAUGUGAGCUGGCAUCAGAGCCAGCUGGUAGCAGCAGUGCCCUUGUUAGUUGGCAAUGUUUGAGGCUUCUUUACAGCAUGAGGCCAUGGGAUACGUGGUGCUAAGCAUCAAGAGUCAGGUCUUUCUUUGUGUUAGAGUUUCAGAUCCUGCUCUGUGCACCCUUAGCCUACAACUGUAGGAGAACCACAGUAUUUUUGCUAUCAUUUCAUGUACGUGGCUGUGACAUACACACAUAAAAAGCAUUACAAAUCUGAGUCCACAGAACUAUGAGGAGGGUUUAUCAGUGGGACCACCUUUAGGACCACAGCAGAGCAGGGCUAACAACCAGGCACACGUAGGUCCUUCCUGCACCUGAUUUCUGUUCCCCAAGAGCUCAUCUCCUGGACGGGUCAAACUUCCCAACCCCUGUGUACUCCCUUAAGCCUCAUCUUGGAUUUCAGCAAUUAAGACUGUAUUUUGGCAUUAUGGGUUGGAGCAGGCAAACAGCUGUAGCAGACAUAGCUGUUGUCUUUGUAGGGAAGACUUGGAUACCAGGUAGGUGCUGUUUGCAUCAUUACACCAAAAGGCAGAAGCCAGAUACGACAUGACAUACAAACUGACCGUGCAGGGGCAGAGCUGAGCAGGCUGUGCUGUGUGUAGGUCUGUCCAUGAGGGUGAGUUCUAUUGUUUGAUUUAGUAGUGUGCAAUCUCCUCACUUUCAGGACAAACAGCUUUACAGUGCAACUGGAUAUUGUGUUGAGGGACAUGGUUUAGUGGGAGCUAUUGGUAAUAGGUGAACGGUUGGACUGGAUGAUCUUUUAGGUCUUUUCCAACCUUGCUGAUUCUAUGAUUCUAUGAUUCGAUAAAUCUACUCAUCAGGACGUUUUUAUUUUGAUUACUCAUGCUGCUGUAAAUAUCUUGGAACUAUUGUAAUUUAUGAAGUGGUGUUAAUACUCUAAGGAGCAUUCUGCUAAAAAUAAAGAUUUCUUCACAUUUUGAA